AUGAGGUUACCCUCAUGGUUAAAAAACUCGUCUUCUUGGCUGUGGAGUGCUGCGUUGUCAGGAGCAGUUCAACGUCGACUGCUAGCGUUCGCUUUACAGAAGCUCAUAGGAUCAAUUCUUCAAGAAGAUGUUCGUCCAGAGGAUAUACAGCUUUUAUUUUCAAAAGGAGUCCUGGUUUUGUCUAAUCUACAACUAAAUUGCGAGUUUUUAAAUGCAGUUAUCCCAUUUCCCACCAUUAGAGUAGUAAAAGGUAUUGUUAGGAAAUUGGUUCUGCAUGUGAACCUUACAGAUCUUGUCAAUUUAAACGUGGAGCUCGAAGUCCAAGGAUUGGCAUUAGAUGUAACACUUAUUCAAACAGGUGAAUAUAUGGAUUCCACAAUCUAUCAGGAUGCUUCCUCUCAACUCGAUAUUUUGGAUAAUGUGGUCGAUUAUAUGAACAAGACAGCCUCCCAAGACUUUGAAGAAGAGGUUAGAAGUGAGGGACUUGACGAUGAGAUACCUGAUAAUUCCCGCAAUUUACUCGACAACAUUUUACAGAAGUGCCUUGCUUCUACUUCCGUGAUUGUAGAACAUCUAAAAUUGGCACUCAAGCCAUCUCAUUAUCCUACUGCUUUGGAAAUGAGUAUCGAUUUUAUUAAUUUUUCUUCGUUUAAUAACAGCUCAUUAUCAAGGUUACUGAAUAUUUCUGGAAUCGUUCUGAGUAUGGUCAAGCAGGAUAAUGAUUCCGGGAUUCGGAAUUCAUCAUCUUCGGGAGGACUUGCUCACUCUUUAAGUUCCUCUGCCUCUAGUGCUAUGGAGGAUGCACGAAGUUUUUUUACACCUGAGUCUGAGACAUCUGAAUCACCAACAAUGUAUGUCAGUAGUGCCAAAGAAAUUGCCCCUUCUGAUCCUUCUUUAAAUCCGGAUGAGUCAAAGGAGACAGAUCGUGCCAUUUUUUUUCGUUCUACUGGGGAAUUUCGAUGUGUAUUCAGCAUAGAGGUCUCAACAUUAUUGGUUAUAGAAGCUCAUGUUCCUCCUUGCGUGUUUGAUUUAUCCCCUCAGGUUUGCGCUUUUUUGUUGUACUUGUUUAGGCUAUUCAGUGAUUCAUCCAAUUUUUCAAACAUGGGAUCAGAUGCAGCAAAAUCUCCCUUCGAUAAUGUUCAACUGGAUAUUCAUGUAUCUUCGUUUAAAGUAAAUGUCCAUUGCAGGCUACCUGAUACAGUCGACUGCCUUACUGCGGCUGAUAUACUAGAUCAGCUUCAUUGGGCUCCUGAAAAUUCCUCUAAUCUCGAAAUGCACUUUAAUCAAAUUCAGAUAUCUAAUGACAAUCAUGAUCUUAAUGACCUGUUUAUGACCUUUUCCAAUUUUGGGAUAUUUAUGGAUGAUAGUCCUUUAAUUUCGUUUGAUAAGGCAAUGCAUUCUUCUUGUUCUAUAAGUUUUCAUAUGGAAAACUUACAGUCUACUAUUACAUUACGAAUGUCAAGCGGUGAAAUUUCUUUACCAUUUGAAAAAUUCAUUAAUAUUAAGGAAUUUUUUGUUACGUUUUUCAAAGAUUUCGCAAUGCUUCAAAACUAUUUCCUGGGUUUUACUGAGAUUAGCAGACGGCAGGAUGCUUACCAAUCUUCAAAUUCCCUAAACGUAAAAUCAAAGGGUCCAACAAUUGAAGUUAUAGUCUUGCUUGACCGUUUCCAAUUCCAGCUCACGAAGCGUCGCUCUGAACAACUCACCACAUGCUUUUCUAUAGCCGCCAGUCAUUUGCAGCUAACUAGAAAAUCUUUGGGAACCUUUUCUUCCGUACUAGUGUUUUCUAAAAAUAUAAGUUUUGAUAUGGAAAACUACUCCGCCGCUGAAUACCCUUGGAAAAGCAUUUCAUCAGAAACUGUUUUGCGAAUUUCCAAUGGUAUUUUUGAGACACAUGCGAUUUCAGGAUUACCAGCAUUUAAUGUAUUUGUUCAGCAAGAUGAAUUUUAUCAUCCAAAAUUUCAGAAGUUAGCGAAUAAAUCCGCCUGCCAUGAGAACCAUUUUUAUGUCGCUUUUGAUGGGCUUCAUUUGGCAAUCAAUAAAGAAGUGAUUGAAUCUUUUAAAUCAUUAAUUGAGGAUAUAUCUGCCGCAUUCAGCAAUCCUGUAACUCCCAAAAAUAGAGUGCAGCCGGACUUCAGAAACUUUUUAAAAAUACGAAUUCGUGAUUUUUCGUUGCGUUCAUCUCAUGAGGACGGAAACUCUUUACUUUUGAAAUCUGACAGAAUAAAACAUUACAUGUCAUGGGUUGGAGCAGAACUGAUAAGCUUAGAUUCUCGUACUUACAAUCUUUCGGCUUACUAUUCUACACGCUUUUUCAAGGAUCGUCCGCUUUUGUCGGUAGUGAGAAAUUUUAAAAACGGCGAAAAAUAUAUUUUGAAUUUGUCGCUCACGUUUUUCUUUCAAAAUCAUAUUGGUUCUACUAAUGAAUUACAAGCAAGUGUGAUUGAUUUAGGGUAUGAGCAUUACAUAGCUGAUUUUUGGCUCACUAAUUUCUUGAAAACGUAUUUUCCUCAGGAUCCUGAGGUGCCUUUCCUUGAAUUUCCUAGAUUUCCUUAUAGCAUAAACCUUACAGUAUCUGAUUGUAUUUUAGGGUUGAACCCGUCCACCAUGGAAUCAAAAUUAUUGAUGCAUUUGAAAGCUCUUGAGAUUCAAGUCGGUGCCAUUCUUUUGGAAACAACAAUCAACAUCAAGGCUUUCACAAGUGAGGCUUUUUUAUAUAUAAUUAACAAAUUAAAUGAAGACGUUAUGUCCGAGAAGAAACCCUUAUUUCAAGAAGAACUUUGGAAGUCGGACGCCAAGCUAUCACAAAUGGCAGCCGAUGUAACCAUUGGUUUUGUGAUUCAGUCACUUGGAUACAUCGAAUUGGCUAGGAUAUCGGGCUUGAAUACUGAAGUAACCGUACGGAUUAAUAAUGGAGAUUUGGCUACAUAUAUAAACCUUAAUAAUGCUGAUUUGCAUCUCCAGUCCUGUGCUGACAGCACUCAACUAUUUUUCCAAAUUAUUUCUGAUUGUUCCACUCCGAAGAAUGAUAAUCAGGUUAAAGAUUACUUAGUAUCUCCAAAUCCCAGUUACACGGAUUUGCUUAGAGAAGUGGACACGGAAUUUUUUGCUGAUAUUGUAAACCUCAGAAGUUUGAGAUCGUCAGAUACGGAUAUUUCGGUUAGCAAUCAAACUCUAGACAUCGUCAACGACUACUAUACUUCUUCUGUUAGUUCAGAAGAUAAGUCAUCUCAGUCAGCAGCUUCAAGGGAUUCUUCUCAAAGUGAAAUCUUAUCAGAUGAUUAUGAUGAUCUUAACUUUUCUGAUGAAGAAGCUUUAGCAUCUGAAGAUAACUUGAAACAGGAUAUCGAGCUUAUUGAGGAUCAUUUUUUAAGUCAAGGAUCAAUAGAGCAUCCUAACCAUGAUGGCGAGGUUAAUGAGUACGAUAUGAAGCUUGUAAUAUCCAAUGUUCGUGUCAGUUGGGAAUUAUACGAUGGAUACGAUUGGAAUUCGACCAGACAUAUUAUUUCUGAAGCUAUCGAGACUUUUUUACAGAAUAGUAAAACGAAAAACAAGGAUGGAGGUAAGACUCAUGUUUUUGAAAGUAUAUGUCUCGAAGGAUUUUCUCAAAUUGAAAAAAUAUAUUUCGACAAAAUUGCCGAAGCUAUUGACGUGAAUUAUCGAACGGAAUCUUUAUCUAAAUAUGAAAGGCAGCACAUUUUGCGAUUAGGUCGCUCGAAUAGCAACAAAGUAAUGAUCGAGAUAAUUGGAUUAAUGGGGAGUUUUACAUCCUUACGCGGGGAAAAAGUUUCAAACGAUGUUUUAAGUGAACUGGAACUUGGUAUCAAAGAUUUGACUAUUUAUGAUCAUUUGCUUUCGUCAACCUGGAAUAAGUUUUUUAGUCGUGAUACUAGAUCGCCAUCAUCGAAAAAUAGGAACCAUCACAUGAAUAUUAGAUUUGCUACAGUACGCCCUUUACCAGAAUUAAUGAAUAACGAGUUACGGGUGGAAAUCGGAAUCUUACCUUCAAAGAUGUAUAUAGAUCAAGAUACGCUGGAUUUUAUAAUUCGCUUUUUUACGUUCAAACCAGAAGUUCCGACGGAAACAGAUGUUUCCACUACAGACCUUCCAUUUUUCCAGUCUAUAUGUGUGCAUGCUACACAUUUCACGGUUGAUUAUAAGUUCAAAAAUCCUAAUCCUGCGGGAAUAAAAAGUGGAAGAUUACCCGAUUUUGGAAACUUUCUUGUAGUUCAAGGCUCGGAAGUUUUUUUAAGGCAAUUACAAAUUUACGGUCUGUCUGGGAUCGAGGAAUUUUUGCAUGCUCUUUUGACUGUUUGGUUCCAGGAUAUACGUAACAGUCAAUUGCAGAAGGUGCUUAAUGGACUAGUCCCAAUUCGAACACUAUUCACAGUCGGAAGUGGAGUGAAAGAUAUAUUUGUGUCUCCUGUGAAAGGUUUACAAAAAAAGCGCUCAAUGAGAAGAUUCCGGCAUGGAGUGUUAAAAUUUACUGGAAAAUAUAUGAACGACCUUUUAUCAUUUAAUGCACAAGGAAUGACAGGCACGCAUGCGUUGUUGAAGCAAGUUGAGGAAUACCUGCAAUCCUCGAGAGAAUUGCGAUCAAGAAGAUUUAGUUAUUAUGCAAAUCAGCCGGAAUCGUUGGAGCAAGGACUGCUAGAGGGUUAUCAUGGCUUUCGACAAGGCUUGGUCGGAGCAAGAACAACGUUACAAUCUAUUCCCGGCGAAGCAUCUCAAAGUGCGAGUCUAGGUAGCGCUGCCCAAGUAGUAAGCAAGAAAAUGCCAUUAGCUAUGUUGAAGCCCAUGGUUGGAGCCACUGAGGCAGUUUCAAAAACCUUGUGGGGUUUGUCUAAUUCGUUACAACCUCAGCGCAGGCAUAACCUUCGAGAAAAAUACAAGAGGUAA